UUUGACGUUAUCAUCCGCCGUACGGUGUUCGGUGCUGAGUAGUGUCAUACUCUCUCUCUCGCACAGAGCCGAUCCCACGCCUAGAGCGCCGCACGCCGGGGUUUUUUUUGCUUUGGUUGGUCGCUCUUGUCGCUGACCGUUUGCCGAUGUGUGCACAGCGUCAGGAAGUGUAUCCUUUCCCGCGUAUCCUGCGUGUUUCAGUGUGUUUCGCGUACGUUUAGUGUCCUUGUUUAGUUGUUUACGGGUUUUGACGAUCAUUUUUGUGCACAAAACUGCAAAGUACUCCGAAAAAAAAACAACGAAACCAAACCAAAAUGGACGCAUCGGAAGCAAUGCCCAAAGCGGACACAAUCAAACUACGCAACAAACAUAUCGGCAAAUCCUGCCAGCUGUUCUACCGGACCGAUCCGCUGAAGAUAGUGCGCGGCCAGGGUCAGUACAUGUACGACGAGCAGGGUGCACGGUACCUCGACUGCAUCAAUAACGUUGCGCACGUUGGACACUGUCAUCCGAAGGUGGUCGAGGCCGGUACCCGGCAGCUCGCAACCCUCUCCACCAACAAUCGCUUCCUGCACGAUGAGCUCGUCAAGUGUGCAAAAACGCUCGCGGACAAGAUGCCCGGCAACCUGUCCGUCUGCUAUUUCGUCAACUCCGGCUCGGAGGCAAACGAUCUUGCAUUGCGGCUGGCCCGUCAGCAUACCGGACGCCACGAGGUGAUUACGCUCGAUCACGCUUAUCAUGGUCACGUUUCGGCCGUAAUGGACAUCUCGCCGUACAAAUUCAAUCAACCGGGCGGUGAUCCUAAACCAGAGUUUGUCCACGUGGCACCGUGCCCAGAUGUCUAUCGGGGCAAGUAUCGGGACUGUGACUUCCCGGAGGGAACCGAUCUUGGUCAAUUGUACGCGGAUGAGGUACAACGCAUUAUUGAGCGUAGUUCUUCCGGAGUAGCUGCCUUCAUUGCGGAGAGUCUACAGAGCUGUGGUGGACAAAUCAUUCCACCUGCUGGAUACUUCCAGAAGGUCUACGACGCUGUACGAAAGGCGGGAGGUGUGACGAUCGCCGACGAGGUCCAAGUUGGGUUCGGUCGAAUUGGUACACACUACUGGGCGUUUGAGCCACACGGCAUUGUACCAGAUAUUGUGACGGUUGCAAAACCGAUGGGCAACGGACAUCCGGUUGGUGCGGUCGUAACAACGCCAGAAAUAGCAGAAAGUUUCGCCUCCACCGGUGUUUGCUACUUCAAUACGUACGGUGGUAACCCAGUGUCGUGUGCCAUUGCAAAUGCGGUGAUGCGCGUGAUCGAUGAGGAGCAUCUGCAGGAGAAUGCACUGCGCGUGGGACGCUAUCUGCUCGAACAGUCCAAAGCAUUAGCGUACGAGUAUCAGCUGGUGGGUGAUGUACGCGGUACCGGUCUGUUUGUGGGCAUUGAGCUGGUGACGGACCGGCAGCGUCGUGUGCCGGCAACCCGGGCCGCAAAAGCCGUUGUCGAGCGCAUGAAAACUGUACACCGGAUAUUGGUCAGCAGCGAUGGACCGGAUGACAAUGUCGUCAAGCUGAAGCCACCGAUGGUUUUUACGGUCGAAAAUGCGGAUGAGUUCCUGUACGGUUUCCGAGAGUGUCUUACCUAUCUGCAGCAGCAGCACACAGCGGAUGGAGUUCCAACCACACCGGUGCGUGUAACACAUCCACUAGCGACCGGUGGCAUCCUUCAGCCGAGCCCAAUCAGCCGCGGUCAGCACGACACCUCCACACUCAUCAAGUCUAGCUAAACAGACGCGGAAACUGUUUUUUUUUUACAAAUGUAUCACUCUGCUAACAAUCAUUUGUCGAUUUCUUUGCCGAAGCGGUUGCAUAAACAUCGUUCUAGAUUAGUUUAGCAUAUCUCAUAAAGAAACCACCCUUCGGCAAGAACCAGCAUACACUUAUUUGUUUUAAAAAUAAGCAUUAUUCUAUCAUCUGUUAGUGCAUGGAGUGCGUGUUAACUAUUUUACAAGUCUCUUACUUUUUUGUUUAGUGUAGCGUCAUGAGCUAGUUCGAAUGAGCGGGGACGACCCUUAUAGCUCAGGUUAGCAUUUAGCUUCUGCUUUGUGUGCUUUGUUUACUCAGUAAGAGGAAAAAAAGGAAAGGAAAAGCUCCGCAUUCUGCACCGAAAA